AUGUCGAAUCAACCCAUUUUGAGAAUAUCCCGGGAGAUCACUCAGAUUCAACAAGGCAGUGAUUUGUCCAUCGCAGUUGCUUGUCAGGAAAGAGACGUGCGCCACGUCCGAGCCCUCAUCAUCGGUCCCCACGGCAGCCCCUACGCGUACGGUUUCUUCGACUUCGCGGUGAAUUUUGGAUCAGAGUAUCCUAGCAAACCACCCAAAGUCGAGGCCAAAACGACGAAUAGCGGUCGUACGAGAUUCAACCCAAACAUCUACGCUAAUGGCAAAGUAUGCUUGUCGAUCCUGGGCACAUGGCAUGGAGAGAGACCGGGUGAAGAGUGGUCUUCUGCACAGGGACUGGAGUCGGUAUUAUGGUCGAUUCAGAGUCUGAUGAGCAACAAUCCUUACGAAAAUGAGCCUGGAUACGAGAAUGCGAAGAGUACAGAAGACAAGAGGAUGAAUGACCUGUACUGUGCCAAGAUCCGUCACGAAACUCUCCGCAUAGCAGUAAUCCGGAAGCUUGAGGACGCACUGGGCAUCAAGGCAGAUGGCUCACUUGCUGUUCCGGUGUUUACCUCAAACCUAUGGGUUUCGUCGGAAGACGACGUGGAUGGGAUCCAAGAACCGCCCCCUGAAGACCAAACCAAGCUUAAAUUCGCACCUUUUAGAGAUCUCUAUAAGCGGCGGUUUCUGUGGUACUUUGAACAUUACAUGUGUACCAUCGAAGAAUAUUCCCCCAAAAACAAGGAUGGCUCCAACUUUGUGAAGAUGCCCUUCGAGGGCGGAGGAAACACCAUGGACGGCAAAUUCAAAUACGGCGAGUUGGGUAGAAGACUGGUGCGAAUCAAAGAGGUGCUUCACACGGAGACGGCCGGCUGGGCGACCGAGGGAUUGGCGUUGAAGCAGCGAGAGGCGACCAAGGCCGCAGCGAUCCAACGACAAUUCGAACAGCUGGCAGACCACUUGAAGCGCAAGAAGCUGCACAACAUAACGGUUGAGCUGGACAAUGACAACCCUUAUGUCUGGAUCAUGACCUACUUCGGUAAACCCAGCACCCAUUUGGACGGUGGAAUUUUCAAAAUCCGAAUAUCAGUCAGUCCUCGGUUCCCCGCCGAACAACCCCGUGUCAAGAUGGAAACACCCAUCUACCACCAUCGGGUGUCCAAGGACGGUGUGGUCUGCUAUUUCCCCAAGGAAGCAGAACAAUUACGAAAUCACGUCGAGAGCAUCGCCGAAGCGCUGGAGGAGGAAAGCCCACCAUAUGACCCGAGGACGAUUGUGCACCCAGAGGCGUCCAAGUUGCUUUGGGGCAGCGAGAAUGACAAAAAGAGGUACUACCGGCAGCUCAGGAGAUCCGCACAGCGAACGACGGAGGAAGGGAUGGAGGUGUGA